AAAAAUUACAAAUCAGAAUGGCAACUAGUACUGAUAUUAAACCUCAGGUGUUAAACCAACUCAAUGAAUUAUUUGGGAAUGUUUUAAGUUUGGAAAUAAUUGAAAGUGUAGCUUUGGGUUACAACUUUGAUGUACAAAAAUCAUCAAACAAACUGCUUGAAAUGAGUAUGAGCUUCUCAGGUAAUAGCACUGGAAAUAAUGUAAUGAGCACCCUUAAUAAACCCUAUGGCAGUACAGGCGCGAUUUGCAAAUCCAAAUCGAAAAAAUGCAUCGAAAUAGAGAAAACAAUCGAAGAUAUACAGCAAGGUUUGAAGGUUUUGGUUAUUUUACGGGGGUUGCCAGGUUCGGGUAAAACUCACUUGGCCAGGCAUAUAUUAAGUUCGACAAUUGGGGAACAAACAAACGGCCAUCUUCACGUAUUAAGCACCGAUGAUUAUUUUUACAAACACGGUAGGUAUGUUUUCGAUGCGAAUAAGCUUUCGGAGGCUCACGGUUGGAAUCACAACAGGGCUUUUAAAGCUAUGAGCAAAGGUGUUAGUCCUGUUAUAAUUGACAACACUAAUAAGCAAAUGUGGGAAAUGAAGCCGUACGCGGGUAUGGGCACGGAUUUCGGGUACAUAUUGCGGAUUUUGGAGCCCGAUACGCAUUGGUGUUUCAACGAAAAAGAGUUGGCCAAACGCAACUUGCACAAUGUGAGCAAACAAAGAAUAUCCGAACUGAUAGAUCGGUUUGAAAAGAACGUCACAACGCAGAAGUUAAUGGCGGUUUAUAACUUGAAAUACGAGCGCUUGAAACCGCCGCAAUUUCGCCAAAUACCUCCGGUUGCGAGGCCCAAUAACUUUUCCAAUAAUGCAAAACAAACGAUAAAUAAGUCGCAGAGCGUGAGUGCCUUAAACAACGAUUUCCAUCGCCAACGAAAUGUUGCGAUCGAAACUAUAAACCUUAUGGAUUUUAACGAUGCAACGCAAACGAGGAGUCAAGAGUUUACUUUGGAAAACUGGGACAACGAUCCCGUCGAUCAGAUUUUGAUGUGGAAACAGGAACCGCAAAACAACGACAAGGUACUUAAACCGCACAAUGUUCAGGAUACAACCGUGCCCAACGGUUUGUAUUAUCCUGAUGAUGCGCAACCUGAACAAGUGGAUUUGGAAAAUGCUUGGGGAAUUAGCGAGAAAGCCCUGCUGUCGUGGGAUAUUGUUUCUCCGUUGCCAAACCACACUGUGAUGCUUCACAACCAUCCCCAAACUGUCACGGAAAAACCAGCAACCACAACUGAUGCCAGUUGCGGCACUGAACUCAACUUUGCCCAAGAAAAUGUAAGGAUUUUGAAAGCUGUAAACCGAGAUAUCAACGCCAACACUCCAGUGAGGACAUACGGGAUACCAAAAAAAAUAAUGACAGACAAAAGCUGCCUUACCGAAGGUUUGUUGGACGAGGAUGACGAUAUCGCCAAGUUGAUGUCGAUGUUCCCGGACGUCGCGAGAAAACAUCUGAUCUACCUGUACAGAAACUGCAGGGGCGACGUGGUGUGGACGACGGAGAUGAUCCUGGACAGCAAGGACGACUUGAGUUCCUGGCUGGAACAGGAGGAAAUCGAGGCGGUGAACCUGAUUCCCGAUCCCCCAGCGCCGGAAGCGAAAAUAUCGACCUACGACGCGCCGGAAAACAAGCAAAAAAAGCGCUUCGUGCAGUCCGACGAACUCAAGACCAAGCUCUUCAACUCCAUAGACCACACUCCGGUGAAAAAGCGGAAGGAACCGACUCCUUCUACGUCAAAGAUCGAAACUUGCCCGACGCAGUCCGGGGAGGUGAUCAUGAUCGAUUCCGACAUCGAGUUCGACGAGCUGGAGUUGGACGAUAAAAGCGAUUGCGGAUCGGAAACGGUCGAGUUGAAUUUGGGACUCGGUUUCGUGGAGCAGCUGGAAAACAAGUUCGGAGAUCCCAACAUGGCCUACCCCAAAGGCUUCCUGCCUGUGGUGCAAGUCCCCAAAGACUUGGCGAGACAGCUGUACACCUUUUACAUCGAGUCAGUCUUCCAACAAAUGGACGCGCAGAACGAAGUCCUGGACUCCCUCGUCAAAGAGGACGAAGAGUUGGCCAGGCAACUCCAAGAGCAAGAGCAAAACAACCAGCAACCUCAAGCAGUUUCGGACGAGAGCCUGCAUUUCAGCGGGCAAUGGGGAAGUUUGACCCCCGACACGUUGGCGGAUAAGCUGACGAAAAUGAAGCUGGCCCAAACGUUCCCCAAAUUGGACGCGCAUCUAUUGAUGGAGAUAUACAACGCGCACGAUAAGAAUUAUCAGGAUACGGUGGAGAUUCUGCUGGCUUCCGCCGGGGAGGGGAACGUUGUGGGGAGUCGGGAGGAGGUGAAACAACCUCCGAUAAACGACGCUAUAGUGAAGGAGAUGAAGGAAGCCCAGGCUUUAAGUCCUGCCUGCGAGGAGGACUCAGAAGAACGGUUCGACGCCGUUCAUUACCGCGACGAGGCGAAUAAACACCUGCAACGUCGCAAAGAGCUCAUCCAGCGCGCGCAGGUGUACCACCAGAAAGGCAUGAAUGAGGUGGCGCAGUUCUAUUCGAAUCUGGCCGCGCAGCAGACUCAACGCUACGACAAAGCCAACAAUUUGGCCGCCGCCACGUUUUUGAACGAACAUUCCAACAGGUUGCAGGACUUCAACACCAUCGACUUGCACUUUUUGUACGUCAAGGAGGCGGUCGAGGCUUUGGACCAGUUUCUUGACAAAAAUAUAAACUUACUGCAAGGCAGUAACAAACAAUCAGAGUACCUGCAUAUUAUAACAGGCAGAGGGAAAAGAAGUAUAAAUGGUGUAUCAAAAAUUAAACCUGCCGUUAUUGCCAGAUUAAAAAAGAGACACUUAAGAUUCAAUCAAUUAAAUCCGGGCCUAUUAAAGGUAAAAAUUUCGCAGCUGUCUCUGGUGACUAACGAUGUUUCGCAAUAAAUUUUAUUUUGAAACAG